GAGAGGAGGGAAAGAAAGACUUGAGAGAGAGAUGGGGAAAGGAGGAGGUUGCGUGCCGAGCAAGAAGCGGCAGCCUGCGUCGCGUCGGGAGAAGGCGGUCGGCGCGAGGAACGCCCCUGUCCCCCCCGAGGACAAGAGCCACGAGGACUCCGAUGCCGCGGCAGCGCCGCCGCCGGCGGAGCUAAAGCUGAAGCUCUUCAUCGUGUUCUAUUCCAUGUAUGGCCACGUGGAGGGCCUGGCGAAGCAGAUGAAGAAAGGGGUGGACGGCAUCGACGGUGUCGAGGGUGUUUUGUACCGCGUCCCGGAGACGCUCCCGCCGGAGGUCUUGGAGCAGAUGAAGGCGCCGCCCAAGGACCUGGAGAUCCCAGUCAUAUCGGCGGCGGAACUGGUGGAGGCGGACGGCAUACUGUUUGGAUUCCCGACGAGGUUUGGGUGCAUGGCGGCGCAGAUGAAGGCCUUCUUUGAUGCCACUGGGAACCUGUGGAGGGAGCAGAAGCUCGUUGGCAAGCCCGCCGGAUUCUUUGUGAGCACUGGGACCCAGGGAGGAGGGCAGGAAACCACUGCAUGGACUGCAAUUACCCAGUUAGCCCACCAUGGGAUGCUAUAUGUUCUUGGUUACACUUUUGGAGCAGGUAUGUUCAAGAUGGAUGACAUCAGAGGGGGUUCUCCAUAUGGUGCUGGUGUUUUCGCCGGUGAUGGCUCAAGGGAACCUACUGAAAUGGAGCUUGCUCUUGCUGAGCACCAGGGAAAAUAUAUGGCUUCAAUAGUCAAGAGGCUGGUGCAUCUUUAAGUUAUCCAAUCAACCAAAGCAACCAGAUAUCUUGCACAGUUUAAAUCUUCGUGAUUAUUCUAUUCUCUCCCCCGUAUUUUGAAAAUGUUGUUUUAUGAUUCUUCCUCCCCUUUUACUGUGCCUGGUACAUGUCCUAGUUUUGCGCCUUAUGCUGGUUAUUUGUGUUUAUCAUUUGCCAAAGUACUGCAAGACACUACAUGAUUCACAACAAUGGCAUCAUAUCACGAGAAUAAAAAGAUUGUGAUAUGUUAUUCC